AUGCUGAAGGCGGUUACGUGUUGGCGCUGCGAAGUGGGGACGGCCGGAAUUUUCGAGUUUCGCGGCGGCGGCGGCGGCUGCGGCGGCGGCGGCGGCGGUCGCGGUUAUGUGGCUGACUUGGUAGAUCGCUGCAAUUGUCAUCACUGUCCUCCUACAGGCCGGCUGGCCCCGGGACAAAGUCUUCCCAGUUGGACGGGUUGGACUGCAAGCGCUUCAAAGAAGCCUUGUAGCGCCGGACUUGACCCCCUUGCCAACGAGAACCCGUGUUGACGCAUCAUCUGAGCGAAUCACUCGGGUCAGUCAAAUUUCUGAAUGAUUUUCCACAGCCCUUCGCGAUUCACAGUGUGGAAUGCUUUCGUCAGAUACAAGAAGGUAGAGUAGAGAUGAAGCCGCAUCUCUUGACAUUUCUCUUGCAGGUCGGCGAAUAUCGUGUCAAUGGUGUCACGAUGAUGACGGAAACCGCACUGGCUUUCUGUCAGGAGUCCUUGUUUCAAAUGGGCGUUGAGGUGAUUGAAAGGAAUACGGGCUAAUAUCUUUCCGGCGAUUUUGAGCAACGAGACUCCUUUGUAGUUGUCGCAGACUUGACAGUUCCGUUUCCGCUUGCUGAGAUGGACGAUUUUGGUGUAUUUGAAAUCAUGAUGGACUUUUCUUUGGUAAUACAUAUCUUUGAAGACCGCUGUCAGAUGAUUCAGAAGUUGGGAGCCGCCGUGCUUGUAGAUCUCAGCAAGGAUCGCGUCUGAUCCGGGCUCUUUCCCACAGGAGAGUUGUUACACGGCACUGAUGGUUUCGUAAAGAGAAGGAGGGAGGUCAAGGUCGGCGUUGGUCUUUAAUUGAGACAGACGGAGGAUGGCGACGUCGGAGAUGGUGGAGAGACGGUUGAGGACGCCUCUGAAGUGCUCGGCCCAUCGCUGCAAAUUUGCGUUCUCCUGGUAUUUAGGGUAGUUGCAUCGACGCUGAGAAGAGGAGCGGUUCCUUUGACUAUGGGACCGUAGGCAGCCUUAAUAGUGGCGAAGGAGUUCUUCCGGCGGUUGCGGUCCACGUACCCUUGGAUUUGUUCGGUCUUACGAGCCGUCCAGACGUCCUGUAUCUCCUGCAGCCGCCACAGCACAAGGCGGCGACUUUGGUAGAAAUCUGCUUUGUUUCUGUCGCCAUGCGGCUGCUGGUUGAAUUGGGCUUUGUGCAGACGAUUCUUCUUUGCGAACAGGUGGCAGUUGACGGCGUCGCUGUCGCCCAGUCCUGGUGCGGGCGACCGCUAACGUGAAACAUAUCAGUUUUUACUGAGAUCUAUAGGCGCAGACCGACAUUUGAUGUAUGAAUAUUUGGACCGAAGUCCUGGCAUUCUCUUAACUUUAGGUCUCCUGCGGCACUGUUGGAGGAUCCCACCUUGGAGAUGACGAAGCGAUGGUCAGUCCAUCCGUCGGCACACGUGAUGAUCGUCUUUGUCACCAGCAUUUCUUGCUGGCCCCGCCUCUGGAUGCGAACAUAGUCCAGAGGGUGCCGCUGUCAGAACCGAGGGUGUAUCCAGGUCACCUUCUCCCUCGUCGGAAGGCGGAAGAAGGUGUUGGUCAGGAUGAGGCGGAGCUCUGCGCAGGCUCGCAGGUGAAGCAUACCAUUGUCAUUAAAGCGCCUGAGUCCGUGGGGACCCAGCACUCCUCUCCAGGCAACACGGUCUCUAUCAACGCGGACCUUGAAGUCACCGAGGACAAUCAACUCACCCACCUUCGGCACAGACUCCAGGAAGGCGUGCAUGUCCUCUAA